CAAUCCCCACCCCUCAUAAUCUUCUGUUCGGGACGCGGCGCCACGCCCAAGAACAUCGCCAAGUACACGGAAAAAUACAAAUACCUCUACCCCGAAGCCGAAAUCCUGCUCAUCGAAUCCCCCACCUCGCCGAUGCAGGAUUUGCAUCUGGCCACCGCGGUCGAAGUCGUGAAGCGGCACAUCGAAUUGCAGAAGGUGCUGAAGACGAAAGGGAUCGUCAUCCACGUCGCGUCCAACGGAGGAGCCUACACCGCCACGCGCCUGGUGCGGGAAAUCGCUCGCGCGAAAAUGCACGUGCCGUUGGAGGCCAUGGUGUUGGACUGCUCCCCGGGAAGAUACUCGACCUCCCAAUCCGUGCGCGCCGCGAAAUCCAACCUCCCCAAAAACAUCAUCAUGCGCAUGCUCGGCUCCUGGGCCGUCUACGCCUUCUACGGCGUGAACAUUCUGGUCAAAGUCAUGUUGCCUCUGCCCGACACGGCCACGAAGACGGGGAGAUAUCUCAAUGAUCCGAAUUUGUUCCCGACCAAGGAGGGGAAGCGGUUGUAUUUGUAUUCGAAAGCCGACGGGUGGAUUGGUCAUGAGCAGAUCGGGAAGCAUGCGGAGGAUGCGGAGGCGCUGGGGUAUGAGGUGAGGAAGGAGGUGUUUCUGAAAGCGGGGCAUUGUUCGUUGACGAUGGAGGAUGGGUGGAGGUAUUGGAGGGCGGUGCAG